AUGGCUCACCUCGGACUACGCGCGAGUUGCUUUUCUCUUCCGGCCGCGCCCUACUUCUUCAGCAAUGCGUACACCAUCUUCGAGCAUUCCAGCGGUCCAUUUGGCGCGCGUGGUAGCCGCACUGGCGCUCUACCCCCUGCGGGGACAUAUCUUCGCCAAAUAGUCACCCGCUCAACCCGCGCCCCCGGUCUGUCUCCUUAUGCCAAGUUUCGGCGCCUGGGUCCGGUAUGGGCCAUUACGAGCAGGACGAUAUGGAGCGCUGCAACAGUCGCCUUCAAGUUGGAGGUGGAGCAGACGAAAGCACUGGAGGAUGUCCUCAGCGUAACACGCUUUCUUCGCUCGACUCCACUCGCCUCUACCACCCUUGUGGCCCAAGUUGAUCAUGUAGCGUGGGACGACAUCCUUAUGAACCUACUGCGCAUCCCUCACGACCGUCUCUCCGCAAUCCUUCGCGCAGUAGCGUCGGAGAUCGAGCUAGCACUGGAGACGGAGGCUCCGCACGUCCUGACGCUUCCUACACACUCUGCUUCUGUUAUGCGUCAUGCAACUGACCGGAUGAGCCGUCAUAACAAGCUCGGCCUCUUCUUGGACGACUUUCCUGCCGGCCGUGUCGCGGAAAAGGACUACAGUCUUCUGGCGGCCAAGCUCCUCGAGAACCCUGACUUCCCGGUUGCCCCGCCAUGGCACGAAGAGUUCUCUCUCCUGAGACCUUGGUUCAACGUCACACUCGAAGUCCCGGAAGACUCUGACAGUGAUAUCUUCGCGCAUGAGAUAGUUCUAAGCAAAGUCUUCCAUUACGUCAACAAGCGUAAAGAUCCCGCGCAGAGGAUUCGUGCGUUUGGCCACGCUGCAACCACCGAGGCUGGAAGGAUGAUGGAACUAGAAGUAGAAGCAGCUGCGCUUCUAGAACCUGGCCGCCUGCUGCAGAUUAAGAUUAAAGAUCUGAUUCCUGCUGUCGUCAAGACAGACGAAGAACAUAAGGCCUUGCGCAAGAUUUCUCUGAACGAUUUGAACAUCCCUCAGAUCCUGGAGUCUCCUGAGUGCAGCGUCAUACUGCUUCUUCAGAUUAAGAUGCGCGCUAUCAUGCGCAACAGCAAGCGUGUUGCUGACGUUGAUGAUCGUAAACGAGACAUCGUUCUCAGUUGGGCCUCGUCUAUUGAGACUCCAGCUAUCCACCACAUUAUGCUAUCAGGGCCUGAUGAGACGUACUGCGAGUCGCUGGAGCCUAUCGGCAAGGCGGACAAUAUAACUGAAGAGAAGGGAGAGCUCCUGAAAGCGAGCGAAACAACGUGGGAGCUCCAAGAUUGCUCUUUCAUCUUUUCCCGUGGUCACGAUGGUGAGAUCUUGCUUGGAUAUGGCUGCCAGGCAGACCAAGUAGUCUCCGAAGGCCACUUCACCAACAUGAUCAGUGCCGCUUCGCCGUCAGAGUCAAGCUCGGAUGCAAGCCCAUACAUGAGCGAAGAAGAGAAGGCCGCCAACCGUCGCAACUCCGACACCUCGUUGGAGGGCAGUCCUCCUCGGUACGACUACCCCAAAAAGCGUCUCGCGAUGGCUUCGGCCGAGCAUUUCAACACCCGUCAGAUGAACAACCUCUACAUGGCGUACGGUAUUCCGCAUGAUGCGCAAGAUUCCGACCAGUUGGGAAAUGCUGAGUUGGACUUAGGCAUGGGUGCCCGUCUUCAGAUACACAAAGAAGCUUUGGGUCCGCUGGACGAGUUCAACGCGAACUACAAAGCAGCACAGGCCGCUGAGAGGAAAAAAGUCGACGGUUGA